GGCGCGGGCGGUUCAGCACCAGGGAGAGCGCCCCGCGCCGCGCCGAGCCGCGCCGGGCCGGGCCGGGCCGGGCCCGCAUGGGGCCGCGCUGAGCCGGGCGGGCGGGGGGGGGCCCGGCGGGCUCCGCGCCGCCCGUGGAUGAGCACCAUGAGGCUGCUGCUGCUCGCCCUGCUCUUCUCCUCCUCCUUCGCCCGCGCCGGCUGCGACCCCAAGAUCGUCAACAUCGGCGCGGUGCUGAGCACCAAGAAGCACGAGCAGAUCUUCCGCGAGGCGGUGAACCAGGCCAACAAGCGGCACGGCACCUGGAAGCUCCAGCUCAACGCCACCUCGGUCACGCACAAGCCCAACGCCAUCCAGAUGGCCCUCUCCGUCUGCGAGGACCUCAUCUCCAGCCAGGUCUAUGCAAUAUUAGUUAGUCACCCUCCUGCUCCCAACGAUCACCUAACACCAACACCCGUAUCAUACACAGCUGGCUUCUACAGGAUCCCUGUCAUUGGUCUGACAACACGCAUGUCUAUAUAUUCUGAUAAGAGCAUCCACCUGUCCUUUUUGCGCACGGUCCCACCAUACUCUCACCAGGCCAACGUCUGGUUUGAGAUGAUGAGAGUCUUCAACUGGAAUCACGUCAUUCUGAUAGUCAGCGACGACCAUGAAGGUCGUGCUGCACAAAAGAAGCUGGAGACCCUUUUGGAGGAGAGAGAGUCCAAGAGUAAAAAAAGGAACUAUGAAAACCUCGACCAACUUUCCUAUGACAACAAGCGAGGACCCAAGGCUGAGAAAGUGCUUCAGUUUGAUCCUGGAACCAAAAACGUGACGUCACUGCUGCUGGAGGCUAAGGAGCUGGAGGCUCGUGUCAUCAUCCUUUCGGCCAGUGAGGAUGAUGCGGCCACGGUGUACAGAUCAGCAGCCAUGCUCAAUAUGACAGGCUCCGGCUACGUGUGGCUGGUGGGGGAACGGGAGAUAUCGGGCAAUGCCCUGCGUUACGCCCCUGAUGGAGUGAUCGGUCUGCAGCUCAUCAACGGGAAGAACGAGUCAGCCCACAUCAGUGAUGCUGUCGCGGUGGUGGCCCAGGCCGUGCAUGACUUGUUUGAGAAGGAGAAUAUCACAGACCCGCCACGAGGUUGUGUGGGCAACACCAACAUCUGGAAGACAGGACCUCUUUUCAAGAGGGUGUUGAUGUCCUCCAAGUACUCAGAGGGUGUCACGGGACGGGUGGAGUUCAAUGAGGAUGGGGACAGGAAGUUUGCCAACUACAGCAUCAUGAACCUGCAGAAUCGGAAACUGGUCCAAGUUGGGAUUUACAACGGCAGCCACGUCUUGACCAAUGACCGGAAGAUUAUCUGGCCAGGGGGAGAAACUGAGAAACCUCAAGGUUAUCAGAUGUCAACCAAGCUGAAGAUCGUGACAAUCCAUCAAGAGCCCUUUGUGUAUGUGAAGCCCACGCAAGCAGAUGGGACAUGCAGGGAGGAAUUCACCAUCAAUGGAGAUCCUGUGAAAAAGGUCUUUUGCACCGGACCCAACGAGACCAUCCCAGGCCGCCCAACCGUGGCACUGUGCUGCUACGGCUUCUGCAUCGACCUGCUCAUCCGGCUGGCAGGGGUGAUGAACUUCACCUAUGAGGUUCACCUGGUGGCUGAUGGUAAAUUUGGUACCCAAGAGCGGGUUAACAACAGCAACAAGAAGGAGUGGAAUGGGAUGAUGGGGGAGCUACUGAGCGGCCAAGCAGACAUGAUUGUGGCUCCCCUCACCAUCAACAACGAGCGGGCACAGUACAUUGAGUUCUCCAAACCCUUCAAGUACCAGGGCCUCACCAUCCUUGUGAAGAAGGAAAUCCCCCGCAGCACCUUGGACUCGUUCAUGCAGCCUUUCCAGAGCACGCUUUGGCUGCUGGUGGGGCUGUCUGUGCACGUGGUGGCAGUGAUGUUGUACCUCUUAGACCGAUUCAGCCCGUUUGGCCGGUUCAAAGUGAAUAGUGAGGAGGAGGAGGAAGAUGCCCUGACCCUCUCCUCAGCAAUGUGGUUCUCCUGGGGAGUCCUGCUGAACUCCGGCAUCGGAGAAGGUGCUCCCCGGAGUUUCUCUGCCCGUAUUCUUGGCAUGGUGUGGGCUGGCUUUGCUAUGAUCAUUGUGGCUUCAUACACUGCCAAUCUGGCAGCCUUCCUGGUGUUAGACCGGCCUGAGGAGAGAAUUACGGGCAUUAACGACCCCCGGCUGCGCAACCCCUCUGAUAAAUUCAUCUAUGCCACGGUGAAGCAGAGCUCGGUGGACAUCUACUUCCGACGGCAGGUGGAGCUGAGCACCAUGUACCGGCAUAUGGAGAAACACAACUACGAGAGCGCUGCCGAAGCCAUCCAGGCAGUGAGGGACAACAAGCUCCAUGCCUUCAUCUGGGACUCGGCGGUGCUGGAGUUUGAAGCCUCCCAGAAGUGUGACCUGGUGACGACGGGGGAGCUUUUCUUCCGCUCCGGCUUCGGGAUUGGGAUGCGCAAGGACAGCCCGUGGAAGCAGAACGUCUCCCUGGCCAUCCUCAAGUCCCACGAGAACGGCUUCAUGGAGGAUUUGGACAAGACUUGGGUGAGGUAUCAGGAGUGUGAUUCCCGUAGCAAUGCCCCAGCAACACUCACCUUUGAAAAUAUGGCAGGUGUGUUUAUGCUGGUGGCUGGAGGUAUUGUUGCCGGGAUAUUUUUAAUAUUCAUAGAAAUAGCUUACAAAAGGCAUAAGGACGCGCGGAGGAAGCAGAUGCAGCUGGCGUUUGCGGCCGUUAAUGUGUGGAGGAAAAACCUGCAGAGAGAACUGAGAAGGAGGAGCAAAUGUAUCCCCGAGCAUGCUCUACGCACCAGCGGGAUACAUUUUGGUUACCCCCGUGCGGUAGCAGAGCCAGACCUGGUCACUCCGUCCCCCGUCGGAAAGGUCACACUCAUUGGCACGAAAGCAAUUGGGGAGGAAUCGUUCUCAGCGCCCGCCGCAGAGCGCGGCUGGUCCCCACGGCUCGCUGCCCCCGCACCAUGGCGGCUGGUGCUCCCAGCCUGCGCUAACCAGCAAUAUCACCCCACCGACAUCACCGGCCAGCUCAACCUCUCCGACCCCUCAGUCAGCACUGUGGUGUGACCUUCUCCCCGAGGGCCAUCAGUCCUUGCCCAACACAGUAGGAAGGCACAGCCAGGACUGCCUUUCAAGGGACACUGAUGGGUUCUUCUGGGUGAGAUGGGAGGAAAGCAUCCUUCAUCCGUACACAGUGACUUCAUUGUAUAUCUCCCUCCCUUCCUAGGCCUGCUGCCAUGCUCGUGCCCCAGAAUGCACGGCAGAACCAGGACACGGUUUGGACUUCACUGUACAGAGAUAAUUGCUUCCAACAGUGCUGUUGAUAUUCAGUAUUGCCACUGACUGGCUAUGUGCAAGGGGAAAGGACUUUGAAAGGCACAUGGUGCCUGCUCUCCCACGGUAACAGGGAAGAGCUGGUGCCACACCACAAACCUGUGCUUCACUUUGCAGGCUUCAGGCUUCUCAGCACAUGCACAGCCCCUCAGAUGUGUGCUCCACGUCUCCCACCACCCCAGAGGGCUUCAGUGCGAUGUGCUUGUGGUCCUGAGCAACUGGAACAGCCGGCGCAGUUCAGCGGGUUGGGCACAUGCACCUGCUGUGCCCAGUGACCCCCACCUCUGCAGCAGGAGCUGAAAGAUGUGUGUUCCACACCUUGCAGGGGAUGGACCCCCCUGCUCCUCCCUCCCAUCAGCUCGUGGCUAUGACUUGGCUCCUGUAUGUGGUCUGUUUGCAGCAGGAGUUCUCCCAGACCUGCAGCCCACAUUCCUGUGCUAAACGUGGUACUACGGAGCUCAUAACAUGCUGUCAGCCAAGAUCCUGACUCCCAGCAUCUCCUGCACAGAAGACAUCCCCAGGACCUGGCCACGGCCAGCAUGUAGCUCUCACACCAUGGAUCUCCUGGCCAGGAAUAUCUCCACAGGGAAUGGCUCUGGAUGGUUGCAUUGACCUUUAGCCAAGCUCCACACUGCCUCAGCAACAGCAAUGCAAGGAGAGAUGGUGCUGGCCGGUCGUGGCUGGCUGUGGGCUGUGGUGUCUGCAGCAGCCACCCAGCCUGCCUGCACUGCCAGGGCACCACAGCGGGCACUGGCAGCUUCCCUGCCACACACACUGCAGUUCAAGCUUGCCAGCAGCUCCCGCGGCAGCUCUGAAGUCCCAGCUUAUGUGGCUGCAUCUGCCUGACCCUGGAGACAUGGAAACUGGAUCCCAGUUGAGGAGAAGGGAACCCAACAAGACAGGCUGACACCAUUCCUCCCCACACCUUCCUCCCCUCAAGCAUACGUGCCCAUGUGCCAGCAUCCCUAAGCACCCUCCCCAUGGGCGCUGCGAGUGGGUACGGAGACACCAGCAUUGGGGAAGCAUCUGGCACCAGCCAGGCUGGUGAUGAGCAGCUAUAGCACGUGCACGGGUAACAUUGCAUCCUGCCUCCUGCAAAGGUGGAAACGCCGCCUGCAACGUGGUACCAAGCCCCAGCAGCACGAACUGCCUUCUUGCCCCAGCCGAGAAGAUGUGGCUUCCCCCUGAGGGCAGAUAGCCUUUGCAGGCAGGAAUUUCAGAUGGCAGCUGAGGUCUGUGAGCAUCAUUCCACUGACUGAAGUGGCUCCAUCAAGUUCAUCUCACUCCAGCUGAGAAAUUGGACCCAUUCUACUUUAUACGUCAAUGUAACAUUAAUAUCAAGUUUUUGCAAGAGCUCAGUAAAGUCU